GAAAGCGGCAUCUCCACUGACAGGGAGUAUCAUCAUCAGAGUUUCUUCGCCCACUAAAAGGUCGCUUUCUUCUUCCUCAAGUCGACCACAUUCCUGGUCCUCGAUAGAUAAAACACUCGAAAAGGCUCUUAAAGGCGGUCGAAGUCUCCAGGAAAUCUCUCCGUCUCGAAGCCAUAUUUUCUCUCAAAGCAAAAAGUUAGCUCUUCUCCUCCUCCUUCCUCUCCUUUGUGUCUAAUGUCUGAAAAUCCCAUCUUUUUCUUAGCCUUCGUCGCUCUAUUCCUCUCCGCCGCCUCUCAGCAUGACGAGUUCGUCUACACCGGCUUCGGCGGCGGCGGAGCGGCCAAUGGCGGCCGCAGUAACAUAAGCCUAACUGGGGUGGCGGAGAUCGAAAACAACGGGAUCCUACGGUUGACGAACGAUACAAGCCGCCUCAUCGGCCAUGCCUUCUAUCCCUCCGCCCUCCAGUUCCGGAACGCCACCACCGGCGACGCCUUCUCCUUCUCCGCCGCCUUCGCCUUCGCCAUCGUCCCCGAAUACCCGACGCUCGGCGGCCAUGGUCUAGCCUUCGUAAUUUCUCCGACGAAGGAGUUGAAGGGGGCUCUCCCCAGCCAGUAUUUAGGCCUCAUGAAUGCCGCCGACGUCGGGAACUUCUCCAACCACCUCUUCGCCGUGGAGUUCGACACCGUCCAGGACUUCGAGUUCGGCGACAUCAACGACAACCACAUCGGAAUCGACAUCAACAGCCUGGUCUCCAACGCCUCCGUCGCUGCCGCCUACUACGGUGGCGACGGCGCCAACGUCUCCCUCAAUCUCAAAAGCGGGGGCACGGUCCAGGCGUGGGUCGACUACGACGGCGUCGCGAAGGUGAUCAAUGUCACUGUUGCUCCCUUCUCUUCGAAACCUGCAGUCCCCAUUUUGUCCUUCCACCCAGUGGAUCUGUCCCCGAUUCUCCACGACCGGAUGUUCGUCGGCUUCUCGGCCUCCACCGGACUGCUGGCGAGCUCCCAUUACCUUCUUGGCUGGAGUUUUAAGAUGAACGGGGUCGCCCAAUCCCUGGACCUCGCUUCUCUCCCUUCCCUCCCCCACCCCAAGAAGAAAGCUACUGCCUUGAUCAUCGCCGUCUCCGCUACCGCCGUCAUCAUCCUUAUCGCCGCGGUCAUCGGAGCCGCCUACCUCUUCUACAAGAUCAAGAACGCCGACGUGAUCGAGCCCUGGGAACUGGAAAUCGGCCCCCACCGCUUCUCCUACAAGGAAUUGAAGCGCGCCACCAAGGGAUUCCGGGACCGGGAGCUCCUUGGCUUCGGCGGCUUCGGCAAGGUCUACAAGGGGACUCUCCCGGGAUCCCGAACCGAGGUCGCCGUGAAGCGAGUCUCCCACGAGUCGAGGCAGGGGAUCCGGGAAUUCGUGGCGGAGAUCGCCAGCAUCGGGCGGCUCCGCCACAGGAAUCUGGUACAGCUCCUGGGUUGGUGCCGCCGGCGAGCCGACCUCCUCCUAGUCUACGACUACAUGCCUAAUGGGAGCUUGGACAACUUCCUAUUUUUCGACGAAUCCAAGGCGGAUCAGCCGGUGCUAUCGUGGGCAGAGCGGUUCCGGAUCCUCCGCGGCGUGGCCUCUGCGCUGCUCUACCUCCACGAGGAGUGGGAGCACGUGGUGAUCCACCGCGACGUGAAAGCGAGCAACGUCCUCCUCGACGCCGACCUCAACGGCCGGCUCGGCGACUUCGGGCUGGCCAAGCUCUACGAGCACGGGGCCAACCCUAGCACCACCCGGGUGGUGGGCACCCUGGGCUACCUCGCCCCCGAGCUCACCCGGACCGGCAAGGCCACCACCAGCUGCGACGUGUUCGCCUUCGGCGCCCUUGUCCUCGAGGUGGUCUGCGGCCGCCGCCCCAUCGAGUCCAAGGCGCCGCCGGAGGAGCUCGUACUGGUAGAAUGGGUGUGGGAGCGGUGGAGUUCCGGGCGGUGGGCGGACGUGGUGGACCCGCGGCUUGAGGGCGUCUACGACAACGAGGAAGUGGCGGUGGCGAUCAAGGUGGGGCUAUGGUGCUCCCAUCCAGCGGCUGCUGCGCGGCCGACAAUGAGGGAGGUGGUGCGAUACCUCGACGGCGGCGACGCGGCGGAGGUGCCGGACGUGCCGAGCCCGCCGGCGUCGGACGGAGGCCAUGAGGGAAAGAGCGAUCACGGGGGGUUCGAGGACUUCGUGCACUCGUACCCAUCGUCCUCGUUCGGGAAGGGAUCGAUCGCCUCGGCGAUCGCACUCGGCAGGGAGGAGGCCGGCUUGGUGGGCCCCGACGGGCCGGUGUCGUCCUUCGCCUACUCCUCACUAUCGUCUCUCUCACGUGGGAGCGUGUGAUUCGGCAGUGUCUCCGGUUCUUUUCGGUGCAGAUACGGCGCGCGGGACAAUUAUUUAAUGGGCUGUCGGUGUGAAUCAAUCUGAACAGGACCCGGCUGGGGACGGCUUUUUUUAAUUUUUGCUGUACAAGUAACUGGGAAGGCUUUAAGUGGGGCUGGUUGCGGCCUGGGGAGUGGGGAUUGCACGGUGUUGUUAAAUAUGGGUGUUGUGAUGGAAAGCAGGGGCGCGUUAACGUGCUUUCUUUCCUUCGGUUGAAUUUGUUUGAAAUGGUUAAUUUAUUGUAAGAAAAGCCGUGACAAUCGUACCAGUUUUUCUCCCCCCUAAAAUAUGACUUUUUAGUCUCUAGAACUUUUAUAAUAA